AUGGCACUAUCCGCCUUUCCAUUUCUAUUGCCGGCCGAAUUCGAGAGCGCCUGUCGAGAUCUGGCCGAUCGCUGCACUUCAGCCCAAAGUACUGGGGGUUGGUUCAUUCGACCCGUGUCACAGACAAGCCCUAGCCUUCGCAUAACACGAUACAUGGAUGUCCAGACCGACUUCAUUCCUGUCGAUCCACAUGAAGCUUACAUGAUACGGAUAGAGGAUGAAGAUCCAGAGACGCUCAUUCGAACUGAUCUGAACCCAAGAUUACAGGUAGAUUAUGAUAUUGUGUUUUCCCCCACAUAUCAAGUCCCUGUUUUGUACUUUGCACUGCGUUGGCACCACUAUAAUGGCCCUGUGGGGCUGGAUGCCAUAUAUCGGUAUGUGGUCCCGGAGCAUUACCAAAUGGAGUUGAAGAGCGUAGGAAUCAUGGGUGGGAUCAGCUUUGGUUAUCAUCCAGACUCGGGCGCUCCGGCCUUCUUUGUUCACCCGUGCAACACAGCCGACGCUAUGACGCAGGUAACAGACGCUCAGAGUGUCACUCCUGGGACGUAUCUUCUCAUCUGGCUCGGUCUCGUAGGUCAUUGUGUGAACCUGCACAUCCCACGCGAGCUAGUGGCCUCUGAUAGUGCCGGACUAUCCUGA